AUGUCAUUAUCCUGUGAUACAAGUGGUACUAAUUGUAAGAGAUUCUCGUCGAAUACAACGAACGGUAAUAAUACCGUUCUAGGUCUUGUACUUGGUUCUAUAGCAUCUCUAAUUGUUGUUAUAUUAAUUGUCAUAAUUACAUAUAUGGUACAUUGUAAAGGAUAUUUUCGAAAAAGAUUACAAUGUCGGCUACGAGGAGGUCGAACGUUACAAAAUCAAGAACUAUCGGAUCAACAACAACCGCAAGUAAAUUCACAAGAGUCUUCUAAUAAACUAUCACCUUCAUAUCAAGAAACAAAUAAAUAUGAUAAUGUUAUGUUUUAA